GAUCCCUCCCAACCACUCUCCACCCCCAUAAAAAAAAAAAUACCCUCCCUUCCCGUCUUCUCCACUGACGCACCUCACUCAUGGCUUCAAGAAAGCUCCUCUCCUCCCUCCUCCGCCCUUACCUCCGUCUCUCCUCCGCCUUAAAGCCCUCGAUUACUAUCAAACCCCCUCGCCCUUCCCCAACCGGGUUUUUCUUGAACCGGUUGGCGGACUACGCCACCUCCGCCGCAGCAGCUCCAUCCGCUCCGCCGCCGCCAUCCGCACAGAAGAAGGCGUCACCUGGCGGCGGGAAAGUGACGAAUGAGUUCACCGGUGCCGGGGCCGUGGGCCAGGUGUGUCAGGUGAUCGGGGCCGUGGUGGACGUCCGGUUCGAGGCGGGGGAGUUGCCGCCGAUACUGACGGCACUGGAGGUUUUGGAUAAUGAGGUGAGGGUGGUGCUUGAGGUGGCGCAGCAUUUGGGGGAGAGUAUGGUGAGGACCAUUUCUAUGGAAGCGACUGAAGGGCUUGUGAGAGGUCAAAAGGUCCUCAAUACUGGUGCUCCCAUAAUGGUCCCUGUUGGCAGGGCUACCCUUGGUCGCAUCAUGAAUGUUAUCGGAGAACCCAUCGACGGGAAUGAUGAACUGAAGUCCGACCACCAUCUUCCAAUCCAUCGCGAAGCACCGGCUUUUGUUGAGCAGUCAACCGAGCAAGAGAUCCUUGUCACUGGAAUCAAGGUUGUGGAUCUACUUGCUCCAUAUCAAAAAGGUGGAAAAAUCGGGCUGUUUGGAGGCGCAGGUGUUGGGAAGACAGUGCUUAUUAUGGAACUAAUCAACAAUGUUGCCAAAGCUCAUGGUGGUUUCUCUGUGUUUGCUGGUGUUGGUGAGCGCACUCGAGAGGGAAAUGAUUUGUACAGAGAAAUGAUUGAGAGCGGUGUUAUCAAGCUUGGCGACAAGCUGGGUGAAAGCAAAUGCUCCCUAGUAUAUGGUCAAAUGAAUGAAUCUCCUGGUGCCCGUGCUCGUGUUGCUUUAACCGGGCUGACAGUCGCUGAGCACUUCCGAGAUGCUGAAGGGCAGGAUGUGCUUCUGUUUGUCGACAAUAUCUUCCGCUUCACUCAAGCCAACUCCGAGGUGUCUGCCUUGCUGGGUCGCAUUCCGUCUGCUGUUGGCUAUCAGCCAACUUUGGCUUCAGAUCUUGGCGGCCUUCAGGAACGAAUCACUACAACAAAGAGAGGAUCCAUUACGUCUGUCCAAGCCGUGUAUGUGCCUGCUGAUGACUUAUCAGAUCCUGCCCCUGCAACCACUUUUGCCCAUCUCGAUGCAACCACCGUGUUGUCUCGACAGAUUUCUGAGCUCGGAAUCUAUCCUGCCGUUGAUCCGUUGGAUUCAACAUCCCGCAUGCUUUCUCCUCAUAUCCUAGGACAAGAACAUUACAACACUGCCCUUGGUGUACAAAAGGUUCUCCAGAAUUACAAGAAUCUUCAAGAUAUCAUUGCCAUUCUGGGAAUGGACGAGCUCAGCGAAGAUGACAAACUCGUCGUUUCUCGUGCUCGUAAGAUGCAGAGGUUCCUGAGCCAGCCAUUCCAAGUUGCAGAGGUGUUCACCGGUGCCCCCGGAAAGUACGUGGACUUGAAAGAUACUGUCUCAAGUUUCCAGGCUGUUUUGGAUGGGAAGUACGACGACCUCCCGGAGCAAGCAUUUUACAUGGUUGGGGGAAUUGACGAAGUCCUAGCAAAGGCCGACAAGAUUGCCACCGAGAAUAAGUGAUGAUUUUACCCUUUUUUGCCCUCUUUUUUUUACCCUUCCCCAAACCCGCAACGACGGGAGCCUCAUGCACCGGGUUUGCCCCUAUGCCUCUUUUCCAUUAUUCUGGUAAGUUAUGUACUAUGUAGUUCGUAGGGGAGCGAUACGAACAGGGUGAGAUUAUCUUCAGUGUUCUUUUUUAUGCUUAGUUUUUCAUUGUUUUUUUCCUUGCUAUCAUGACAGUACAGUACUGGAAGUUUUUCCCCUUUCCAGUUACUUGAAUUACUACUGGAGUGGUAUUGCUUUCAGUUUUUCCUUCCACAUUUUCCC